AUGAGGAUGAUUAUCCAAAUGCUGACCCAACUGAUGUUGCUGAUGACGAUGACGACAACGACUACGACGGAUGGUACGGCCACCACCACGGCCACCACCACGGUGAGGAUGAUUACCCAAAUGCUGACCCAACUGACGUUGCUGAUAACGAUGACGACGAUGAAGACCACGACGGAUGAUGACGAUGACGAUUAUGAACACCGCCAUCAUCACCAUGAGGAAGAUGACUAUGGCAAUGAUCCAACUUCUACCCCAUGCGAAUCUGAAGAAACUACCCCAGAGGCCGAAGAAGGUCACGAAAACGAAGAAGGUCACGAAAACAAAGAGGAUCCUGAAAACAAAGAAGAUCACGAAGACGAAGGUGAUGUCGCCGACACUGAAAGUGAAAUAGUUCCCAGCGAAUCUGAAACUCCUACUAGCGAUGAAGACACCGAGGAGAGUGAAACUCCCGAAAACAAAGAAGAGACUGCUAACGAUGAAGGCACCGAGGAGACUGAAGCUCCCGAAGAAUCUGAAACUCCUACUAGUGAUGAAGGCCCCGAGGAGAGUGAAACUCCCGAAAACAAAGAAGAGUCUGCUAGCAAUGAAGGCACCGAGGAGACUGAAGCUCCCGAAGAAUCUGAAACUCCUACUAGCGAUGAAGGUCCCGAGGAGAGUGAAACUCCCGAAAACAAAGAAGAGAGUGCCAGUGAAGAAGGCUCCGAGGAGACUCAAGCUCCCGAAAACACCGAAGAACCUGCUCCCGAAAACACCGAAGAACCUACUCCCGAAAACACCGAAGAACCUACUAGUGAUGAAGGCGCCAAGGAGACUGAAGCUUCCGAAGGCGAAGGUGGUGACAACUAA